UUUUUUAUAGCCAUUCUGGCCAAUGGGAACAGGAAUUGCUCGGGGCUUUCUGGCAGCCACGGACACGGCCUGGAUGGUUCGCAGCUGGGGUCAGGGCAACACCCCUUCAGAGGUUCUGGCUGAGAGAGAGAGUGUGUAUCGGUUGCUUCCUCAGACAACACCAGAAAACAUCAGUAAAAACUACAACCAGUACAGCGUGGAUCCUGCUAGCCGCUAUCCCAACAUCAACAUGCAACUCAUCAGCGCUGCUCAGGUGUGUCAUCUCAUAGACACAGGUGAGGGUCCGGUUUUAAGCCUUGAUGCAGUAAGUUCUCCACACCCAAGACUCACACGGCAAGAGUCAAUGGCUCGCUACAGUAAGCUUCUGAGCUGGUGUCAGGAGCAGACGCAUGGUUACAUGAACGUAUGUGUGACAGACUUCACAACUUCCUGGAGGAGCGGCCUGGCCUUGUGCGCUCUCAUACACAGAUUCAGACCUGACCUCAUUGAUUUUGCGUCUCUGGAGGAGAGUGAGGCGGAGCUCAAUUGUCAGCUGGGUUUGGACAUGGCGGAGCUGGAAUUUGGUAUUUGUCCUAUAAUGACCGGCAAGGAGAUGAGCGCACUGGAAGAGAGUGACUCUCUCUGCAUGGUCAUGUACCUCAGCCAACUUCACGAGCUCCUCAAAGACACAGCGCCAGCUAGUGAAGAGAAAGCAGUUCCGUUCUCCAGCCCGAAGUCACCAAUCUCACUGCUCAGCAAACUGGGACAGAGUCUGUCCCGCAAACGCAAUCCCAAGGAUAAGAAAGAGAAGGAAGCAGAUAGUGUUGGAAAUGGAAAGAGGAGGAGAACAAGCCAGACUGGCCAGUCAGAAGAGGACGAUGUUCCUCAUGAUAGCAAAGAAAAUAAGACUUCAGGAGUAACCCGUGGGUCAGAACCGAAGGUCGCUGAGGGUCACAGCAGGGUUCGGUCCAUGACGACGCUACUGCUGGCUAAAUUUGAGGAAAACUCACCAUUAGCCUCAGCCAGUGCAACUCGCCGACAGAGCUACAUUCAGAUGUAUACGGGCGGAGUGAGCUCAUUGGCUCAGCAGAUAGCCAAUCAGAUUCAGAGUCAGCAGGAUCAAGCUCCCAAGCUCCUUCACAAAAGGGAGUUGGGUUCUCAAAAAGAGUUUCCUGUGAAUAUGGGCAGCAGUGAUGUGUGUUAUUUCUGCGGCCGUCGUGUUUAUGUCAUGGAAAGGCUGAGCGCGGAGGGAAAGUUCUUCCAUAGGAGCUGCUUCCAGUGUGAUCACUGCAGCACCACUUUACGCUUGUCCAACUACGCUUAUGACCAGCUACAUGGGAAGUUUUACUGUAAGCACCACUUCAACUACAAAAUGACCAGCGUGGCUCAGAGAAAGAGACCGUCCUCACCUGUGGCCCCUCGACCUACUCAGGCUCCCCCUGCUCCGUCCUCGGCUUCUACAUCUUUGUCCUCUCUAGGGUCAGUGGGCACAGCCACCCCACCAGAAUCUUGGUCCUCCAGCGCCCACCCAGACAUAGUAUCCAGCCUCGCCAAGAGACUGUGUGGUACCCCAGAACGCAUUGAGCUGGAGAACUACAAACCCUGCCCAAAACAACAGGACAGCCCACUACAGGAGGUCCCAGAGGAGACGCUUGCACAGCACAAUCUCAGUGCUAGCCUGCAGGAGAAAAACACAGAGGAGCAGUCCAGUAGCUCUGAGUCAGACCUAGAGGAGGAGGAGCUUGCUUGGAAGGAGGAGGAGGGGCCAAACAUCAGGACCAAUAGAGAGAGAGAGUUAGACCUGGGGGAGGAGCUAAAGGAGGAAGAGGGAGGAGAGAACCAGGAAAAACAAGAGGAGGAGGAGGAGGCCGAGGAUGAGGAGGAGGAGGAGGAGGAAGAAGAAGGAGAAGUUUCAGAAGAAGAACAAGACGAGGGAAAUUCUAGUGAUGAGGGUGAAUACUGCCCUUGGGAGAGGGAACGGCUCUCAGGGGUGUGGCUUGAGGAAGAGGAGGCGGGGUUUGUUAAAGAGUCUUAUGAAGAAUACAGUGACGACACAGAUAUAGACACCAGCUCAGUCAGAGAGUCCAAACCAUGUGACCAACAGGAACAAGAAGAGUCCCUGCCCUCCUUGAAACCACCAGAAUCAGGUCCCACACCCACACCUGAGCUGUCGACGAAUCCAGAGAACCCACCUGUCAAGAGGUCAGAGGUCGUAGAAGAGUUCUGGCUGAAGAGUGCUGAGAUCAGGAAGAGUUUAGGCCUGACUCCUCUGUCUAGAGAAUGCGACCCCAAACAUACAGCAGCCCAAACAUCUAACAUUAAAGAAAGCUUCUACACCUCAGUCGCCUACAUAACGUCCUACAAUACCAAUUCUGCCAACCAAACGCCAAGAAACUGUGACUCCAGCACACAAACUCCAUCUCAAAGUACAUCCCCACCUGAACCAUCUCACAAUAUGGACGGUGAUGCAGGCGUCACAUUAGAAGAGACGAUAGGCCGCUCUUCUGUAAUCCACAGACUAAGCAUCACUGUAGAAGGUUGUGUGAUGGGGGACAAGCAGGAUUUGGACCUCAGUUCCACCUCAUUUGGAAAUGAAAGCAUUUUAAAUCCAGACACAGGUCUACCUACUCCUCCGUACAGCCCAUCUAGUUCCCCUCUUGUCAGCAAGCAAUGUCGUGCACUUCACCAUUCUGAACCGAUACUGGACCGAGAGGUUAUGGUCUUCUCAUCAACCUGCGCUACUCCUGUUCCACAGCGGGACGGUUUUAAACCCGAGCUCAAUCAAGCUUGGAGUCUUCCUCCAGAUGAUAUUGAGAUCCUGUGCGGAGACGAGGCGGAAGGGGCUUCCAGACUGCCGGAAAGAUCCGGUGUCACGGAGACUGUAGGCCAGACAGACAACCGUAGGCUGGAGCAAAGGAGGACACUUCCAGAUCGGUUGGUUGCCCCACUGCUGGCAGGGGGACCAGAGGUCAGGCUUCGAAGGUCAGAGAUGAAGCUGUGGGGGGCGGACAAUGGUGUGGAGGAGAAGGAGAAAAAGCGCAACUUGUUGUUCUUGCCCCGUAAAAGCAGGAAGAGCAUGAACACAGCGGCUGAGGCCCAGCGGGAGCCAGGAAAGCACAAGUCCCUCUGGAAGACUGUUUUCUCGGUUUAUAAGAAGGACAAAAAGAGGAAGGAGGCUGCGAUGGUGGCAGAAACUCUACCUGCCGCAACUAACACCGAGACCAAGCGGAAAGUGUCAGGAAUCAACAGAACAUCAGACCUAUGUUUCCGGAAAAAUCCAAGUUUCUCUGAAGACACAGACUUGUCCUGCCAUGCUCUUCUAGAAAGAUGUCCACUCAGAGCUCAGAGAGCAGAAACGGAAGAGGAACUCAACGCCAAGCUGACACGGCGAGUGCAGAGAGCAGCGCGCAGACAGGCCAAGCAGGAGGAGCUGCGGAGGCUGCACAGGGCUCAGAUAAUCCAGCGUCAGUUGGAGCAGGUGGAGGUCAAGCAGAGGCAGCUGGAGGAGAAGGGUGUAGCUGUGGAGAAAGCACUCAGAGGCGAAGCAGACUUCUGGGGAGACUCUAGUAUAUCUAACCUUUUGGAUGUACAUCUGGGUGUCGAGCCCUUUCUAGGUUCCCCUCGUAGAAGGCCUGUCUAUCUCUGUCCUUGCUGUUCCUCAGAAGCCAAAGCUAAAGGGACAGAACACGAUCAUUCAGUUUAUGUCUGUACAGUCUUUUUUCUUUAUGUAGUGCAAGAACCUCCCCUUCACCAGCUAAGAAUGGGAAAGAAAGAUGACCCUAGUUUAAUGCACCAGUGGUUUAAGCUGGUGCAGGAGAAGAAUGCUCUCGUGCGCUAUGAAUCUGAGCUCAUGAUAUUUGCACGUGAACUGGAGCUGGAGGACAGGCAGAGUCGACUACAGCAAGAGUUGAGAGAGCGCAUGGCGGUGGAUGACGAUCUGAAGGGGGAGGAUGAGCUGGCGGAGGAGAGGCGUAUAUUGAGCGAGAUGCUGGAUGUGGUGGAGCAGAGAGAUGCGCUGGUGGCCUUGCUGGAGGAGCAGCGAGUGAGAGAAAAAGAGGAGGAUGGUGACCUGGAGGCCGUCAUGCUUUCUAAGGGCUUCAGCCUGCACUGGGACUGACUCGGACAUGCACGAAUCUCAUCAUACCGCUUGAAGGGCUCCUCUGUGUCUGUUUGCGCAACCAAAAUACACAGCUGCUGUUUUCAUCAGUCCGAACCGGCCCAUCCACCUGCACUCUGGGCUGUUUGUGCAACUAUAUGGCUGUAUAAAUAAUGAAUCCCCGGAUUCGGCAAGAGAUUGCAAAAUACAGGCCCUGAUUAAGAUGAAUGGCAAUGUCUUGCUGCCAAAUAAUGCUACUCUAAGACUGCUACGCUACUAUGCAAAGGAAUAUCUUUUUGUUUGCUCUAUUUGUUAAUAAAGUUAAGGUACAUCUGUAGUGUUAUCCAGAUCCACCGCGUUUAGGCUUAACAGAAAUGAAUAUAGAAUGGCAUAUAUAACCACAUUGUCAAUUUACAGUAGAGAUUGGAGCAUGUUAAC